AGUAGCUAAUACUGCACGCUUCAUUUCUUUUCAUUUUAAAACAUUAAAGUCCGACUCUUCACUUGGAGUAUUAUCUGUACAAUUGGGACCGGGAACAAAAACAACACGGCAAUAAAAGCGUCUUAACAUCUACGGAUAUUAUAUCGCUUCGCUUUAUGAGUGUUUUGCGAACGCAAGCAAAAUCGAUAUAUUUUCUCACGUCCUUAUAAGGUAUUUUGUCUGGGUUUUCUUUUAAUACAAGGCUGUUUAAUAAAACAUGCUCGGGCUCUGCUAGUCUUAUCUCCGACUGGAAACCGGUUGCCAACGAUUGCAUCAUUCCUUUCAUGUGACUCCCUUACGCCCCAAAUUCGUCCUGGCUGCCUUAUGACUGCAUCACAUCUUUCCGCUCACACAAACCCGCUCACAGAGAGACAACCAGCAGGCACUGUAGCCCCGCCUCUCACACUCACGGCCUUCUCUGAUUGGAUGUCUCUAAGCAAAAGAGUUUUAUCCUCCGUCCAGGGUUGGGUGAGCCGCACGACUGUCGGCGCUCAGCUACACAGCUGUGUGUUAGGCUGAAGCUGAAGCGCUUCCUCUGGAGUUUGGUUGCAGUUCAGCCUCCUAUAUAUACAGCCCCGGGAGUUUCCGAAAUUCAUACUCGGUGACUUCAACUGAACAAUGGUUAACAUGAACUAUCACCAAUCGCAACAAAAAUAUAUACACAACCCGAGUCCAAGACAGUCGAGAAAACGGCAUAAUAAAAGAAAAAGGAAUUACUGGGACACAAUAUCACCGACAACUCACAACCACACUUGAUUAAGAAGAAACGCUUUUAAGGUCUGGUGUGCUGGGUGUAGGAGCGUGUUGAGUCGUCGUGUCUGUGCGUACCAGCUGAUUGGUUGAGAUGACUGCGGAGUGGAUGUACCCCCCCGGCGUGGCGCCGCUGUGUGGUGCAGAGUUGGAGGCGUGGUAUGAAGACUUGCAAGAUAUAUUGGGAUCCGAUGCAGGUGGGGCCAAGCACACACGCCCCCCACCCUGCGCCGAGAAAGAGCCGGAGUUCCUGGAUGUCUUGGAGAGCUGCUCGCUCACCUGGCUGACGGAGGGGCAGGUGUGGGGGGAGGGGGUGCAGCGUGUGAUGGAGGAGCCUUCACCACCUCCGCUGCUCCUCAGCCAGCCACCGGCACAGGAGGAGCAGCGUGGUGCACGAGAGACGGCGAGCUCUGUUGCAGGAGACCUUCUGCCCCCAGAGUUCUUCGAGCUGCUGAGUGAAGGAGGAGUCGGACUGGUGGAAACGGGGGCAGUUAUGGUCACCAACGGGUACCACCACCACCAUCACCCCCCGAACCCUCCGCCUGCCUCCCCAUCAAUCAGUGAGGAAGAGCUGCCCACUGUCCCAAACUCGUCCCCAUCCUGCUCAUCCUCCUCCUCGUCCUCAUCCUCGCAGUCGCCUUCCCUUAACUGCUCACCUUCCUCCUCCCCCCCUCUCUCCCCUCCACCAGCCCCUGCCUCCUCACGGCUGGGCAAGAGGAAGAAAGGGAGUGCACUGUCCUCACCUUUCUCAGGGAAGAAGAGCAGAAAGGAACGGGAGCAGGAGAAUGAGAGGAAGGUGCAGGAGCUGACAGACCAGAAUGAGAGGCUUAAAGCUGAGAUCGAGCGACUUGGUGAGGAGGUUCAGCGGACACGCCGCGCGCUCAUUGAGAGGCUCGUCAACACCAGGAAGUGAGGGGUUACGGGAAGGAAAUGGCUAGAUAGAGAAAGGCUGGAAAGAAAAAAGGAACAAGUAGAAGAAUUAAAUGGUAACCGUGAAAUGCACAUAGAGACGAGAGGGAAAGGCAUGUGUAAACUGGGGAACAGGGCGAUUCUUUAAGGGUCUUCCCCAAGUAUGAAGGAUGGAGAGGGAAAGAGAGCGAGAGAGUGUGAGAAAGUGUGAUUAAGUCUAACUUGGUUAUAGAAAUAGAAAAGGACCCCAGGUUUAGAGUCAUUACUGUAAGAAUCAGCCUCAAUAAAUCAGGCUCCAUAUUUUAAUACGGUUUUCCUACACAAGAAGCAGACUGUAGGUUUAUUGUAUUUUCCUAAAUGCAGUAUCCAUCACAUGUUGCUUUUGUACUUGAACGUAAUUGAAUGGAGAAGUCUUCAAGUGGUAACAGACUCCCAGGGCAGGUGUAACUGGCAAAUACUUUUGACUAACCUCUAGAAAUUAAGCACUUAUUUGUCCGUUUUACCCUUAAAACAGAUUUGCAAGACGUGUAAAAUGGUUUUAUGCAAGGAUUCUCUGUGCAUUUCAUUGUAACCCAGUUAUAGAGGUAGAUUAAUAUCAUGUCCUAUCAUGAAUAAUUAAAAGGGCUUAUAAACAAAUGUUACGGUAGACCUAGUUCACAGAAAUAGCUCAGGACUGUUUUCUAGUGUUUUUUUU